UCAUGAAACUAAUAAGUGCUGCUCAUCGUUAUAUUAAACCGUGACGCCCUCCUGUCCUUUUCAAUCCACAGUUCAUUCUUCCCUCGCUUUCCGCCAUUUUUGGACUUGCUGUUCGCGCCCUACAUUCGUUAUUGAUUCUCUCGUUACGUUCACUGUUGAUCUUCUUUAAUUUGCGGACAUUUCCUACAAGUAUUCACCUUGCACACUUCGCUGCAUUUCGAUCAUCGUACUCCAAAGCAAGAUCCGACCGCCCCAACCAUGUUCUUCCGUUCGAGCGUCCUGGCCGCAGCCUCUCUCAUUGCUGUGGCCCAAGCCCAGUACAAAAUUGAUCCCGAAACCGUCGACAUCAAUCAGCGAGACUACUGGUGCACGAUGCAGAAAGAGACCUGCCCACUGAUCUGCUACGAAACCUCCCCCGAUCCCGUUCUUGUGAACGAAUGCGACGCGGAAAAACUGACUUACGGCUGUCUUUGUGGCGACAACUCCAAGCCUAAUGUCACCGAGUACUCUCAAACGCUACCCUAUUUCGUCUGCCGCCAGUGGGGGAUUCAAUGCGUCGACGAUUGCGCCGACCACGACACCGCCUGCCAGUCUGCCUGCCUCGCAGACCAUCCGUGUGGAGCCUCGAACCCCAAGCGAGUGACAACGACGAGCAGCUCCGCGAGCACCGCGACAAGAGCCCCAAGCGGAACCAAGACGGACGGCGACAACGUAGUCCUAUACACCGGGCCGUCUGAUCCUGAGAACAACAACGACAACGGCAACGCAGCGGCACUUGUGGAGGCCGGGGCCAUGUAUGGUUGGGCCGUCUUGUUUGGCGGCGUCGGCAUUGGGUUCGCGCUGCUGUAAAGCUGCACGACAAGAACGGGGACGAAACACCCACUUGGAAGCUGCGUUUCUUUGUUGCAUAUUACUCGGGCGUUACUACGUGUGUUUCAUCGGAGCGAGCAUAUUGCAGCCUAUGUGCUGGCGUUAAUACAAUAAUCGUGAUGUACGGAUACAUGUGCACGUACGUUGACCAGACUCAAGCUCACUCCUCGAUGGUGAUAGGUCGUCGCUUCACCGUUUUCAAUUUCAC